AUGGCAACUUCACCCAAAAUCACCACCCAAUACGCUUCGGAACAAUUUGUAGAAAGCUGCGGGGCCAUCCUAUUCGACUUAUCGGUCAAUCAAAACAAGACUGUGUGCCUUAUUCAUUACCGCGCGAAGAACGAAUGGCUUCUUGCCAAGGGACGCCGCAACUGUGGUGAAUCCAGGCACGAGGCCGCACUGCGUGAAGUCGGCGAAGAGACCGGCUAUCGAGCCCACCUCUAUCCCGUCAAAAUGUAUACCCGUGCACCUCCGAUCGACGAGCAGGGCCACAUGCCCGACGAACCUCGAUCUUAUCCAGAUCUCACCGAGCCAUUUAUGGUGACUAUACGGCAGUUAGGCGGUGACAGUGAGAGCAAUGUCAAAAUCAUUUGGUGGUAUAUCGCUACUCUUGAUGAAGGUGAAGUUGCUGGAUCGCGUGACGGUGAAGAUGAGUUCACGCCAGUGUUCUUUUCUUUGAAAGAGGCAGUGGAGAAGCUUAGCUUUGAGAAUGAUCGUGCGGUCCUUCGGAAGGCGGUUGCAUUAGUGGAAACUUGA